AUGCCUCCUCGCACCAUCACCAGUCCCAAGAAGAAAAGGUCCAAGUGCAAAGGAUCUGAUGCUUCAAAGGCUGGCUUGCCCAAGAAGACUCGGGCUGCAGACGUUGCUGAAGUACCCGGUGCGGUACCUCUUGUAUCCCUUGGCCUCAUUGCAGCAGAAGUGGGAGACAAUGCACCCCGGCGUUCUGGCCACCCUAAUGCUGGAACUGGAGGUAGGACGAUGUCUCUUGGCCCCGACAUUCCAGUCAAUCCUCAAGCCCCAGAACCGUGUCGUAAAGGUCGAAAGAAGUCUUCAAAGGAGGUUCCUCCACCAUAUAGCUCACAUCUAGAUACCCAUCCAGAUGUCCCAGCCAUGGAUAUCAUUCACACAGGGCCCAGCUUUACAUCGCAGCAACCUGGUGGAAGGUUCAGAUUUGCUACUCCAAGCACUACAGAAAUCGCUCAUUCCGAUACUACCGAGCUCAAUCUUCAGGCAUCGAACGACCCAUAUGUCGCCAUUAGGACAAAGGUCGUUGAGCAGCGCGCUCCUGAUGCUAUCGCUGAGCAGAGAGCUAGGGACACAAUCGCUGAGCAGCGAGCUAGGGACACAAUCGCUGAGCAGAACACAGUCGCAGUGCAGCGAGCCAGGGAUGCUAUCGCUGAACGGCACGCCCAGAAUGUUGUCCCUGAAAGUCCGGUAUUGCCAAGGUCCGUGUUUUUGGAGCAGAACUUGGAUCCAGCCCUAUGCCAGGAGGAUGAUGCUGUUAGGGCUCAGUAUCGUUUGAGGCUGCUAGGAUCCGAGGAGCACAGUGACUCCAAAGGCAGUAGCAGAAGUGAUGAUAGUGAUGACAGCAACAAUGAAGAUGCCAAUGAAGAGGAUGACGUAAAGGACGAAGAGGAGGGCGAUAACAACGACACGGUUAAGGGCUCGCAGGAUUUUGAUUGGGGGGAGGUUGGCCGAUGCCAGAAAGAACAUCCAGGAUUUUUAGAAGAUGCACUACCUUCACAACCUGCAGUCGCUCGCGCUCUCACACCUGAAUUUGAAUUCCAGUACUCACGUGAUGAAGAUGACGUGAUUGCCCAAACGAGCCUUGAUAAAACCUCACGGAACAAAAGCUCUAAGGGCCUUCCGGAUGGCUCACCAGGACUGCAAGGGCAACGGUCCCAACACAUGGAGACCAUUACCUCAAAGCCCGACAACAUAUUGCAAUGCCACCAUAAGAAAAAUGGAAAGCCCCGCCUUCCUGAGCCUGAAUCCCUCAAACUAUUGGAUCAAGUGACCGAGUCUAGUGUUCAGCCAUCGAAAAACAAAAAAUCCAGGUCAUCGCAUGGUGGGCCAAUGCCCAAUCAAUUAUCUUGGUACAGGCUGCGCUGGAAAAGUUUUCUGGAGGAUGCCAAAGCAGAAUGUCGUGUGCAACACGCCCUGGAGAACCCGUUUCCAACUUUGGGGAAGAAUCUACCAGGAACAAUAACUGAAGUUCUUGGUGCAGUGUUGGUCGUGUGGGAUACAAACGGCAAACAAUUUGAAGCUGGCAAGGGUUUGGCCAGAGCAAAAAUUCAAUAUGACUCGGUUGUCCCCGUUCAAGAACAUGCUGCUUGGAUCGAACAUGCUGCAGCUGAAUUAAUCAAAGGAUCAUUUUUCUUACGGUUUGGGGUGGAUGAACAGGGGAGAACACGAAACUUCGCUCAUCCUGCCCUUCGUGAAACCGUCAUCUCAUUCUUCUACACAGGACCAUACCAAAUUGCGCGAAGGAUGCCGGAGAUCUUCCGCAUGGAAUUGCCACUUUCAUGUUUGGCUUUGGUUGCUGCAGCGUUCAAUUGUGUCCUCAAUGGCCUUGCAAAGAAUGGACACGGAAAGUCAUACCCAAAUUUUUCCAUGAAGGACUACGGACCUAUCUAUUGUCAGAUGCUGGAAUUGCUCAAAUGUAUCCUCAAGGAUGCGUAUCAUGGGCCUAGACUGUUAGCUCAACUGCAAGAAUGGGCUGCAGCAGGAUGGCAAGGAUCUUGA